AUGAGCACUCAUCAUCGUUCUUCUUCCGAUUUUCAUCAAGACAACAAGAAGCACAAAAACCGACACACCAGUAAAAGACAAUUAAAGAAGGAAAACAAGGGUAGAGUGUCCAAUAAUGCAGAAGGUUCUUCUUCUGCCGCAGAUGGAGGAUUGAAAGCCUCUCAAACCAAACACACUCAUCAACAAGGAAAGGCUCAAAGAAAGCUCCGAGCCAAACAAUUGAGGGACAAUAAGAAGCAACAGAUAUUAUAUAGACAGCGAUUGGGAAAGACUGGAAAUCCUCCGAGAAUUGUUGCAAUCAUGUCUUUGAGUGGUUCAACAACCGGACACGAGGAUGUACAAAGCGUCUUUUAUGAUAUCAUCGGAAGGUCUGAAGAAUAUGAGAAUGGCAAACUCAAAUUAAACGAACUUGACCUUCAUCAAGCGUACACUGUUAGACUCCAAAAGGAAUUUCAACAAAAGACACUCACUCUCUUUUGUGUCAACCAAAACAAUAUGAGGUCUGUUUUGGACGCAGCCAAAGUGGCAGAUGUUAUGAUAUUUGUGCUGCCUUCACAAAGUAUUCAAGACACUCAAAUUCAUGCCACAGCUCGUUAUAAUUUAUCAUUAUUGAGAGCACAAGGAUUACCUUCAAGUAUUGUCAUUCUGCAAGGCCUAAAUCAAAUUCCUAACAAGAAACAAAACGACUUUAAAAAUACUGUAAACAGAAUACUGAAAGAUGAAAUUCCUGAUUUUGAAAAAGUUUUUGUCUAUAACAACAACAACAAUUCAACAGAAAGCUCAAUGAUGGAUGACAGUACAACAUCUUUGGAGCAGUCAAAGAGCGAUAUGAAGCAAAUUUUAUUGAGAGUGAACACGUUGACACCAAAAACAAUUCAUUGGAGAGAAAAUCAUCCAUACAUGCUUGUUGAAAAUUAUGAAUUUGUGAAGAAUUCUCAAGAUAGAGACUUUUCAGAUGUGAUUGACGACAAUGGUAAUAAUACCAAUGGAACAUUGAUUGUCCGUGGAUAUUUGCGUGGCAAAUCAGCAAGUCCAAAUCAGCUUUUCCAUAUCGUAAAUUAUGGUACCUAUCAAUUGGACAAGAUUUUAUUGGAAAAGGAAAAUUCACAUGCUCUCUCCAAAAAAUCGAAGCCUCAAAAUGAAAAUGCAAUGGAAGAUGACAAGAAGUCGUCACAAGUACUCGAUAAAAAUAUGACUCAUGAACCAAAAGAAUUACUUCCAGACGCCAAUCAAGAAUCACUUCAAACUGCUCUCGAUCCUGAUUUGAUGGAUGGUGAGCAAACUCUUCCAACCAAAGAAGACUAUGAAAUGGAGUUGCACAAUCAAAUCAUGGAAAAACAAUCAGGAUAUGUUUAUCAUAAGAAGGUGGUUCCUAAGGGUAUGAAUGCUAUGGAAGCUGCUUGGAUUAUGGACUCGCUAGAAGAUGCUAAAGAAGAGGAUGCCGAAGACGUUGAUGAUGAAAUGAUCGAUGAAGCCGACCGUGCUGUCUUUAAUUUGGAUCAAAUGGAUGAAGACAUGACAGAAGAAGAACGAAUUAAUGAAAUGCUUCGUGCCAUUAAAGCAAGAAAGGAAUUGAAGAAUGAAAUGGAUUAUCCUGAUGAAGUUGAAACACCUUUGGACGUUCCUGCUCGUGUUCGUUUCCAAAAGUACAGAGGUUUAAAGUCUUUCAGAUCGUCACCAUGGGAUCCUGAGGAAAAUCUGCCAAUCGAUUACUCUAGAAUUUUCCGUUUCAAGAAUUUUAUGGUGUCACAAAAGGUUGCUCUUGAAGGAUUUGAUCCAGAUAAUGACUAUAAUUUGUGGGAAAAUUAUAUUACGCUUCACAUUGCCAAUGUUCCAAUGAGCAUGAUGGAAGUUGUUCAACAAAAAAAGGAACCACUCAUUGUAUUUGGUUUAUUGCGACACGAACAAAAGACCAGUGUGGUUCAUUUGCUUGUCAAGAGAACCAACGAAUCAGUAGUGAUCAAACAAGCUGCUGACUAUGAUCCUUCGGAUAAUAUUACCAAGAUGAUUGAAUAUCAUCCUCAAGAGGAAGACGAUGAUGAAGAAGAGCCCAUACCUGGAGCAGAAAUUGAGGAACAUCCAAUCAAAUCCAAAGAUGAAUUAAUCAUUCAAAUUGGUUUCAGAACAUUUAAAUGCAAUCCUAUUUAUUCAGAACAUAAUCCAAGAAAUGACAAACACAAAUUAGAGAGAUUCUUUGCACCAUAUCGUUUCUUAAUAGCCACUGUUUAUGCUCCUGUCACCUUUAAACCAGCACCAGUGUUGAUGUUCCGUCGUAACCAAAAGGGACCUCAACUCACCUUACUGGAUAAUAAUACCAUUGUUGAAACAGCUAGUGCAAAUGGAAAUAUUCAAGAUCAACCAAACUUGGACUUUGUUGGGCAUGGUACUGUUCACAGCGUGGAUCCAUAUCGAUGCAUUGUCAAGAAGAUUAUUCUCACAGGUCACCCAUACAAACUUCACAAGAAUCAAGUAGUAGCUCGUUACAUGUUUUUCAAUCCUGAGGAUGUUCGUUGGUUCAAACCUGUUGAAGUUUACACCAAAUACGGAAGACAUGGUGUCAUCAAAGAAGCCAUUGGUACUCAUGGUUACAUGCGUUGUCUGUUCGAUGAUAACGUACUUCCAAAGGAUACUGUUUGCAUGAAUUUGUACAAGAGAGUAUUUCCAAAAUGGACCACAGAAAGUUCUUCACUUCUUGCUGGUCCAACACUUUCUGUGCCUCGACCUCUCAAAUCAUCAUCGUCACAAGGUCCAAAUUACCUCAAUGAAGAGGCUCUUAGAAAAUUGGGAGUCAUGAAGAAUAGACGUGGUGAUGAAGAAGAAAUUGAAAUGAUCGAAGAGUAA